AUGGCAAAAAUCGCGACAAUUUUCGGCGGCACACACUCACCGAGAAAAUCGAAGAAAGAGCAGAAGAAACUGAACGAAUGGGUCUGGCAGCGGCAGGAUUGCGCUUACUACUUCUUUGUCCCCUUGGCUGAUACUCACCGGAUGAUGCAGUGCUGCCAUAUCACCAAAACAGAAAUUAAGGGGCGAAACAUCACCAUCUUCGGGCGAAACCUUCUCCAUGAUAUGAACAGCUGCACGACUACGUACGCUAACUGGCGGAAGGAUAUCGAGAUCCCGGAGGAAUCUGAAGUUUCCGUGACGACCUUCGUUGACAAACUCUCCGUAGCAGUUUCCAUCAGUAAAACAAGCAUUUAA